CCGACCGAGACAUGGUUCUGAUGGACAUCAAGGUGACCGGAAGCUUCCCUGACGGACACAGCGAGUCCCGGAAGAUGGAGAUGACAGUGUUUGGAGAAGCUGGAAACAACUCAGCCACGUCCAAAACUGUGGGUCACUGUGCAGCCACAGCCGCCAUGAUGAUACUGAAUGGGGAGAUAACUCUGAGGGGCGUCAUCGCUCCUAUCGUGCCCGAACUCUACAAACCCAUGCUGAAGAACCUGCAGGGGAAGGGGAUCAAUAUUGUGACCAAAUAGUGCAAGGGCAUACCAGUCGAUCAUUAGAGAAGAAAGCAGAUAACAGUUCAUGGAUAACAGAUCUUAGCAGGCCUAACACCACGUAACAAAUAUCUCGCACCUUUCUCACACAGCACAUGCUAACUUUGCG